GUGGGUUCUGUGGGUUUUCAGGAGCUGGGUCUGGAAAAAGAAGAUAAAGAAGCUAUCGAGGAGAAGUUUAGAGAGAGACUCAAAGAACGGACUGUCCCUCAGCACAUAAUGGAUGUAAUCAAUGAAGAACUCAACAAACUGGGACUGCUGGACAACCACUCCUCAGAAUUCAACGUAACCCGGAACUACCUGGAGUGGCUGACCAGCAUGCCUUGGGGUACCAACAGUGAAGAAAACUUAAAAUUGGACAGAGCCAAAGAGGUUCUGGAAGAAGAUCAUUACGGAAUGGAUGAUGUUAAGAAACGCAUAUUGGAAUUCAUAGCAGUGAGCCAGCUGCGUGGCUCCACCCAGGGAAAGAUCCUGUGUUUCUACGGUCCUCCAGGUGUGGGAAAGACCUCCAUCGCCCGCUCGAUAGCCAGAGCUCUGAAUAGACAAUACUUCAGGUUCAGCGUGGGAGGCAUGACCGAUGUGGCUGAGAUUAAGGGACACAGGAGGACAUAUGUUGGAGCUAUGCCAGGGAAGAUUAUCCAGUGCCUGAAGAAAACCAAGACAGAGAACCCUCUGGUGCUAAUAGACGAGGUCAGUAUGGUGGUGCAGCUCCUGUGCUUGUGUCUGUUAAGUAAGGUAUAAACCCAUAUCAAAGCA